AUGGACUCUUGGAAGCCUUCGGGGGCGGAACCCGAUUACAUUGACGAGUGCCAGCGAAACACCACAAUCUGUGAGUCCCACGGGAACUGCAUCAACAUGCCAGGGAGUUACAUGUGUAAAUGCAGUGUGGGAUUUGGGAAGAGUCAGAAGGAUACGUCUAAGAUCUGCACAGACAUUGACGAGUGCCGCAAGACCCCAGAUAUCUGCAACCCCAACGCCACGUGUAUCAACACCUACGGAAGCUACCGGUGUAAGUGCCGGGCCGGCUACGUCCCCUCCAGUGGGAACACGACCCUGUGCCAAGAGCUCACCUGUCCCCUGCUGCUGGUUGAUGACAACUCUGCCGAAGCCAAGAACCUCCUGGGCAGCUUCCAGGCACAGGUGGGACGUCUCUGCAAGGCGGCGCUGAAGCAACUGAAGCAGAUGGAGACUCAGAGCGCUGAGCCUGUGAAGGGGCAGCUGCAGGGCUUCUUGGAUAUUCUGAAGAAGCAGAUAAAUCUGGUCGGGCAGCAGAGCGAGAGUGUGGAGCGGAGACACCGGAUCGCAACGGAGCUAAUGGCCACAGUGGAGAUGCUGCUGAGAACGCUGGCCCCGACCCUGCGUGACAGCAUGAUCAGCAUCGCAUCCACCAAUGGCAGAGGCUUCACGCUGGCCGGGCUGCUGACAUACCAGGGGAUGAGCCCAAUCCUGGAAGGUGCUGGGCGGGUGGAGGCGCCCGAGUUUGACAAGAUCGGCUAGACAGGGAAAUGGGCACAGGAGCCGGGGUGGCCCAGCUACCGUGUGCUGUCUCCGGUGGUGUCAGCCUUCAUCAGUGACCCAGGCACCCAGGCGCUUGGCCUCUCUGUCAGCAUCCGCUUCAGCCACCCGGUGCCGGAGAAUAAGACUGACCUGCGCCUCCUCUGCGCCUACUGGAAGCCUGACAGCAGGCGCUGGGCCACCCACGGCUGCACCCUGCAGAACUUGACAACCAACAGCACCCGCUGCCAGUGCAACCACCUGGCCAGCUUCGCCGUGCUCAUGGCCUUCUACGAGCUGGAGGACUGGACCCUGGACGUCAUCACCAAGGUGGGGCUGGUGAUCUCACUGCUGUGCCUGCUGCUGUCCAUCGUCACCUUCCUCUUCUGCCGCGCCCUCAAGGGCCCCCGCACCACCAUCCACCUGCACCUCUGCCUGGCGCUCUUCAUCGCCUACACCGUCUUCCUCACCGGCACCUCCAGCACCGGCAACAGGGUACCCGGCCCCCCUGCCAGCCUCGGGCCCCAUUCCCCACAGCGCCCCCUGCUGGGAGCUCCCCCCAC